AUGGACAGUAUUGACCACACCUUCAAUUCAGGACCUUUUGCAACUGCUGUUUGGAAUUUUUUUGCAGCUACUGCAGGACUACAACCUGGACAACUAACAUUGAAGGCGAGGCUGAGACAAUGGUGGACAACAAAGACACGAAAUGCAGGCCAUCAACUACUGUUACAAGCUACGCCAGUCUUCAUCUGUUGGAACCUAUGGCAGAACAGGUGUGCAAGUAAAUACGGAGGCAAAGUCACUAAUAUCAGCCGGGUCAAGUAUGCAAUCUAUAAAGAUACAUACAAGAUGCUGGAAAAUACCUUUCCCCAAAUUAAUUGGCCUGCAAGAUGGACAACAUUACUCCAAACAAGCGAAAGGUGCAAACAUACCAUCAAAGUAUACAUGGUAGCAUGGAAAAGACCUCCAGAGCAUUGGAUCAAACUCAACACAGAUGGAAGUGCUGUCAUUAACACAGGGAAGAUAGGGGCUGGAGGUAUUCUCAAGAACAGAGAAGGCAAAAUGGUGAUGGCAUACUCAGUAUUUCUUGGAGAAGGAUCGAACAAUCAAGCAGAAACUAAGGCUGCUCAGCUUGGACUGUCGUGGGCACUAGAACUAGGCUACAAAAAUAUUCAAAUGGAGUUGGAUUCGCAGUUGGUGGUUCAGUGGAUUACCAAGAAAACAGCCCCUCAAUGGACUGUUGCCAAUCAGGUAGAGGAAAUCCAGCAACUUAUCUCACAAACACAGUACUUCAGCUGCUCUCACAUUUUCAGGGAAGCAAACAGUGUGGCAGAUUCCCUCGCAAAGCACAGUAACAACACAACAACACCUCAAGUCUACUUCAACACAAAUCAAUUACCCAAAGAAACCCAAGCAUACUACCAAAUGGACCUGCAAAACAUGCCAACAUUUAGAAGGAAGAAGACUAAAAAGAUUUUUGAACCUCCUUGA